GGGAGGGCGCGGCCCUGCUUCGCUCGGGCUCAACGCUAAGUCCCGAGGGCCGGUUGUUGCUCCUGCUGCUCCGGCCGCCGUGGGCCAUGGCGUGGCUGGGAGUGGAGGAUGAGGACGGCGGGCUUCUGGCCGGGCUGUGGCAGGCCUUGCUGGCGGCGGUGGCGGCCGCCUUCAUGAGCUGGCUGUGGUUCGGCGGCGGCCGCGGCGGCGAGGGGGAGCGGGAAGCGGUGGAGGAGCCCAAGGGGGAGACGCGCGGAGCCAAAGAACCAUUUCAGAGAACCAGUGAGGGUGUCCUUUCGGAAACAAAACCAGCUUGUGUGUCCAGCCCACAGGAGCCACUAGAGAACCAUGUUACACCCCCAGGAAGUCACCAUACCCCUGACGGCUUCAUACAGCCUCCUGAAAUAGAACCAAUGGUCAAAGAUCCUGUAAUCCCGUUCAUGAACUAUUCAGAAUAUAUAAGGAGCGAAGCACCCAGUCACCUGAACACAGCCUCCGAGCCACCCCAAAGCCAUGAACUGGAACCGCGUGAUGAGAGGAUUUCAGCCGAAGUAGACAACUCUGGUGAUAAGCCUGAGGAGAAAUUCAGCCAAGACCUGGGUCCAGAAACUGUGGAUCGUGAAGAAGCUGAGGCCACCAGGAAACCUCAUGGAGAUGACGUUGGCAACAAGGACUUGGAACAAGUGAAGAGAAUCGCAGCGGUAACUCCCAUGCCUCAGACUGUCCAUGUGGUCUUCCGUGUCCACUACAUCACUCAUUCGGAAGCCCAGCAGAUCGCGAUCACAGGUGACCACGAGUGUCUAGGCCAGUGGCGCCAUUUUAUACCCCUCAGGUAUGACAAAGAUGGCUUCUGGUCAGACUCUGUGGUUCUACCGUUUGAUGCCAGCGUUGAGUGGAAGUUCGUCUUGAUGGAGAGUGGCAAGGUUGUGCGAUGGGAAGAAUGUGCCAACCGAAUGCUAGUAACUGAACAUGAAGAUCAGGUGGCCUAUAAGUGCUGGGGGUAUCAUUGAACAUAGGAGUAUAUUUCUCUGUCUAUAGUUACCUACCUUAGUGUGCAUCUCCUUGCUGUGUGUUUACUAGGACUGCCUCAUAGCCAGUCUUUCUUCUGCUAGGCUAGGCUUUAAGAUAGGAACAUGUUCUUCAAAUGAAAUCAAGCCAACAACUCCCUAACAGCAAACAAAUUAGCUACUUAGUGGGCAAUGUUUCAAAAUAAAAUAAAACAUUUCCAACUCUCAGGUUGACAUUAUAUUGUGUGAAGAGACAGGUGUGUGAAUCGGGGACGCUGGAUUUAAGGGAUUGUUCAACUGCUCUGUAACUGUUUUAAAAUAUUCUUACUUUAUUAUGACUGCAUCAGAAAGCAAUAAAGAUGGACUUUUGCAAUGAUGGCUGGCCUUUAUAUAUUUACCUGUAAAACCUUUUAUUAGGAUUCAAAUAUUUUAGUGCAUCAAAAUACAUACUACAAAAACACAAAGAAAAAUGAAGAUAAUGGGAAAGUAAGGAAGGGAAAGGAGAAAAGACAGAAGAGUGUAGAAAAAGAAAAGCAUUGAUUUCUGACUCGUUUUGAUGCAGAAUAAGUUUAAUAACAUUAAGCCUCGGCUUUUGAUUUUUAUAUGAUAAUAUAUACUGGCCAUUUCUAUAACAAUAAACUUAUCUAAUCAGCAGAACCCAAAAUCAAAGUUUCAUUUUUUGUUCCACCACAAGCAAAAAGCCCAAUAGUGGUUUCCACGUAGAAGAUGGCUGGCCUUUAUAUUUUGAUGCUUAAAAGGGGGUGUCUUGAUUUGGCUGCAUUCUAUCUGGAAGACCCUCUGAGCAUUGUUGGAGGGCACAUAUAUCCACAACUCAACUGAUCUUGGAAAAUUGCCCUUUGCCUGUUCUGUCCUGAACCCAACACAGUUGUAGGUGUAUUAACUCAUUAAAGUACGGUAGAGCAUUAUAUAAAAGAGGCAGAAAAUUAAACUCUCACUGUUUUAAUACUAUCUUUCAUGAUUAUGAAAUAUGCUGGUUUUCUUACUGAAAAGGGUUAGGAUGAUGAUUAAACUAAAUAAUAGACUUCAAAUAAAGUUAACCGGGAUGUAUUUUUUAAAAGAAAUAAUUGAGUUUCUAAAAAUAACUUGGCUAAUGCAGUUACCUGUACAAGUAUGUUAGUUUACAGUUAAUGAUUAUAAUGUAUCCGUGCCCUGUCCCAGUUAUAUUGAAUUGAAGGAGGCUUUUUUCCUUUGUAAGUUAAAAAAAAAGUUAAAUUGAAUGUAUUGACUUGCACUUUGGAAGAAAACUAAAAUGCUCUUUAUGUA